AUGACGUUUGAACUGCAGUUGAAGUGCUCUGUUUUGAGGGUGAAAAACAGAGCACGUUGCAGUGAUUUUAAGGGAGGAAGGCUGGUUUUUUUAACUGCAGUGUGGGGACAUUGCUAUGUGGAAGAGGAGAUGGGAUUAGCGAUGUGUGGAGGUGUUGCUAUAAAGCGAUGUGUGGAGGCAUUGCUACGGGAACGUGAUGCACGAUCCAUGUGUUGUGAAAACAUAUAUUCGGCAGCCCUAGGCGUGUUAAUGGGGAAGAUGUUUAAUGGAAACGUGAUGCACUAUCUUUGUUCUGUUCGUUGUUGGAGGACUUGGUGGCCGGUGACGAGAAGUGACGGUGGAGUUGAUGAUUAUAGCGCUUGCUUUCUCACCAAAUUGCAAGAUUUGGACUCUCAUUUAAUCAGCUUUUUGAGAAGGAGUGCUGGAAAUGGCUUCCACUUUGACACAGAGCAGGAAACAGAGUCUGCGAUAGUUAUUAAUGGGCUAUCCAUUUCGAUUAAUGGAGGAUCCACCAAACUGCGACGACCCAUCAUCAAAAUCGUAGCUCUUGGCUUUGAUGAAAAAUUUAUAAGGACAUGGAAAUAUUACUUUGAAUAUUGUCCAGUUGGUUUUAAGUCUUGUACACUCGGAGUCUAUCAGGUAUUCAGAGAGAUCAUUUCUCGGCUUCUAUCCCUGGAUUCUUCAAAGGAUUGGCGGACGUAUACAAAGGACUGGUGGACGUAUACAAUGCAUUCAAAAUUCCAAAUCUAUGAUGGGUGCACUUUGAGAAAUUCUUAUGUCAUGCCUUCUCACCUUCCAGCUGGUGGAGUUAUUGGAUCAAUCUUGGUGGUCAUUUGCUUGUUUUGGGUUGGUCUGGUAAAAGAAGAACUACCCAUAAAAGAAAUGGUCGGAAAGCUAACGACAAACACAAUGUAAAAUAAAAUAAUUAUCCAUGAAGAAGAGCCUUCAUGAAAUGUGAUUUGUGUUACAUUUUUAUUAUUAUUAUUAUAUGAAUAAUGAUCCAUUAUAUCAUAUUUAUUAUUAAUUUAUUUA